GCAAAAUCAAACUUCAUUAAACCAACAGUACUUACAGUGCCAUUGACUAACCACAAAGACAAACCAGCAAGAACUUGAGAAGGAGGACCACAAAUUGUUGCUACUGGGAUGGCUUAGACGUAGGGGUACUGCCCACUAGAGACGGAGGACCCGAAGAGGCAAGAUCCAACCAAAGUUGGAGUCUUUGUUGGGGACCCACGAACAAGGCAAUUUGCUGAGAGAGGCAACUCUUGUUGGAAUUCUAUCGCUAUUUUAGCUCGAGAAGAAAAAGAAGGAAGAAGAGGAGAAACAUGGAGGUACUGCAGUCAUCGAGAGUGUUCUCCUUCAGGAACGCAACCAUUGUGGUCUGCUUCUUGAAUGUCGUCGCUGCUCUUCUCUUGCUUCAGAACUUCUUCUCUUCGGCCUCUUCCCGCUACAGAAUCUCUACAUCUCAAUUCACUUCUGCGCAAAUCCAGUAUAUCAAAGAAUCUGAAGAGAUCCGCCUUUCUAUGCAACCAUUGGAACUGAUCAAAAGAGUGAUGGAAAUUGGACAAGAAGCAUAUGCAAAGCCAGAGACAGUCCAGCAAAAAGAUACAAAGCAAACUGCUGCAGUUGAUCUUUCUAAAAGGUUAAAGGAUUUUCGUUCCCUAAAUGAUGCUGGCAGCUUGAAAGCUUUGGAGGAAUGGCAUAAAUGGAAGAUGGAACGUGCAAGACAGCGGGAACCAGGAAAAAAUGGAUCUGUCACCUCUCAAGCCUGAUGCAAUUGUAGCAUUGAAACACUUGUGAAACUUCAUACCAAGUUAUUAUACGAUCUUCUCUUUUACUUGUAUAUAUAGCUUAUAGAUGUACUAUUGUUGAUUUAAUUGCUGACGGAUAGUUGAUGGAUAUGAA